UCAGAGUAAUAGAAGUGAUACUGUUAUAAAAGCGGAUCAGGCUUCCAAAGCUUAUCUAUGAAAAUAUAUACUUAUGAAAAAUGUUUAUAGAAAAAUCAGUCAAAUGUUUGCCCAAUACUUUAUCCAUUUAAUUUUGUCCAUUUGCUCUAAACCAAUCUAUAUUUCUUUUCAGUGUAAGCUCCAAAUUUGUCCUGCUUGCCUCCUUAUCAGUCCAGAAAUUCAUACUAUAGUUAUACACAUUGUUCAUUUCUUCGUAUCUACUGACUCACUUGUGUACUGUAACGCAGAAAAAAUGUACUAUCUUAAUGACCAGUACAUGCGAAAAUAUGCUGACAGUCCAUUUACGAAUUGGUCUGAAUUACAAAUCUUAUCUCACCUUAUCGUGCCGAUCGAUGAUGGUCGAUCAUCGUGACGCGCUUACACUCCAUUGUUGGUAUCGCAGGCGGAUACAUCAAUUCGCGAUACAAGUCGCGCAAUUCGUAUUUAUGUCGCGAAUAAAUGUGCAAGAUGGACCGAGAGCCAGUGUCUUUGGUUAUUUGGAUAACUACGAUGACAGUAGUUCGGAAUUCGACGAUACCGAGGAAGAGAGUUCGCAGAAGGACAUUCCACCGUGGGAUUUGUUCAAAACCUGCCCCUCCCCGUCGAGAGACGGAUCUAUGCAGAAUAAUAGUUUCUUCCAGAAGAUCAUUUGGACAAUAAAAAUACUCGUUUAUGGCUUGCUAUUUGCCAUAGUUUUGUGCGGUACUAUCGCAGCUAAAUCAGCUGUUUUAUUCGCUACUUCGCAGUUGCAGAAGAAUAAGUUACCCUAUUGCGAUUAUAAUCAAGAGUUGGGAGGACGUGACUAUGUAACAGAACAUACCGAAGAUGGCCGUAUAAAAUGGACCUGGUGUCUGAUUUUGAUAUUUCUCGUACCGGAAUGUAUCGGUCUGUUAGACGCUUUAUGGCAUUUUUUCUUCAAGAAGAAACCUAAAAUGCCAACAAUACCAAGCAUUCUGUUCCUGAUAAUGAUGGAAACAGGACAUACGAUCGGCUUAGUGCUAUUGACCUUUGUCAUUCUACCGGAUAUUGGCGCGGUGCAAGGCGCUGCUAUUUUCUGUUGCCUCUGUUUCGUGCCGGCAUUGUUAAAUUUGCUUUCGCAAAACAGGAAGAAUCGGAAUUUGACAUCGAAAAAGUUCACGUUGUUCAUCGUUUUCGACAUACUGUCAUUGGCUGCACAGCUCAGUGGAAUGUUCUUAUGGCCUUUGAUUGAGCACGACCUUAAUAAAACUUCCAGAUGGAUCUUUCCCAUUACAUUGCUCUUAUGCUCGAGUCGUUGGUGGGGUAACUUUGUAUCGUUUCACAGUAACAUCGGUCUGGUGCGUCACCUGUCGUCUUUGAAAAAGAAUCUUGAAGCAAGUCAACACAUCAUACAAGGAGGAGUGUCCAUUUGGAGGGCGUUCGUUUUUAUCAUAGGUACUCUCAUCGUUAAUGUAUGCCAUGGGGUAGAUGUCGAAGACUUCUUCUCACCCAAAUUUAAUGAAGCAUACAAGAUCAGGCUAAUCUCUUCUGCUAAGGGUGGUUCUCAAGACGAACAUGUCUUCUCCACUUAUUUCACCAAAGUCGUGUGGCAAGAAAAUUCCUAUUUUUUAAUUGUAAACGAUUACACACCUUUUUAUGUUUUGGCGAUUCAAGCUAUCUGUGCAGUAGUGAUAUAUCAGUGUUGUAAAUUCGCCUACAGGAGUCAGAUGCAUCAAUUUGGUUUCGCAUUCCCAACGUGUCUAGUCAGUCUCGGGACAGUAUGUUUGGCCAUAACAUUGUGCACCGUCAGGAACAAAAACACUUGUGCUUUCCAUGAUGUCGUGCCGGACUACCUUUUCUUCGUGGAUGUAAUGUUCAAAGAUUGGACCGGGUUUCUUUCCAAUUGGUAUGUUUGGUGUUGGUCGAUAUGGCUGUUGUCGCAAAUAUGGAUCACGAUGCACCUCUGGACCACCGAAAAUGAAAGGCUAGCGUCAGUAGAGAAAAUAUUCUCCACGAUCAUUUACGAUUCACUUAUGAUCGACCAGUGUUUAGCUUUGAACAGAAGAACACAGUAUGAAAAUGUUAAUGAAGACGAUAACAAGGACGACGAUGAUAUUAAAUUUCCAAACGGUAUUCUGAAGAAUGGAGCUAUCAGUAUGAGUUUAGAUAAUGGAGAAAUUGAACAGGAACUGGGCCAUAUUGAUCUGGAUACAACGGACAACAAGCUCAAGGAUCGAGUGACGAGAAUCUAUGCGUGCGCUACGAUGUGGCACGAAGAAAGGCACGAGAUGAAUCAGCUGGUAAACAGUAUUUUGCGAUUAGACAAGGAUCAGUGCGCGAUGCGCGUCACGCAGAAAUAUUACAAAGUUCACAUCAAGGAUUAUUAUGAGCUGGAAACACACAUUUUCUUCGACGACGCAUUCAGCUGCAUGCAUGGCUGCAUUGGUUCAUGCGACCACGACGAGAAUGAGACACAAGUCAAUCAGUACGUGGAAACGCUAGUGGAGACGGUCCAAAGAAACGUGGAGAACAUGUAUAUGCGUUCUUCGCCGCCUACCAAGUAUCCGACGCCUUACGGCGGUCGACUUACGUGGACGUUACCAGGAAGAACUCAAUUGAUAGUUCACCUGAAGGAUAGCAGUAAGAUUAGACACAGGAAACGAUGGAGUCAGGUCAUGUACAUGUAUUAUCUUCUGGGCUAUCGUCUGAUGGCGCUACCGAUCGACGUGGAUCGAAAAGAAAUCAUCGCUGCGAACACAUACAUUCUUACGCUGGACGGAGACAUUGACUUCCAGCCGUCGGCUGUUAAAGUCCUGGUGGAUCUCAUGAAAAAGGAUAAGGAUCUCGGUGCUGCAUGCGGUCGGAUACAUCCGGUCGGUUCAGGUCCAAUAGUUUGGAUCCAAAAGUUCGAGUACGCUAUCGGCCACUGGCUGCAGAAGUCCACCGAGCACAUAAUCGGUUGUGUUCUGUGCAGUCCCGGUUGUUUCUCUCUGUUUCGAUCGAAUGCGUUGAUGCAAAACAACGUGAUGGCAAAAUACGCCACCAAGUCGACCGAGGCCAGGCAUUACAUCCAGUACGAUCAAGGCGAGGAUCGAUGGCUCUGCACGUUGCUGCUCCAAGUGGGUUCGCGGGUUGAAUAUUCGGCAGCUAGCGAUGCGUAUACUCACGCACCGGAAGCCUUCACGGAUGUCUUCGUACAACGUCGCAGGUGGAUCCCCUCCACCCUCGCGAAUAUAUUCGACUUGCUGAUGACAGCCAGACUAACGAGGAAGAGGAACAAUGAUAUCUCGUGGUUAUACAUUGCUUACCAAUGGGUUCUGAUGGGAAGCACAAUCCUAGGACCUGGUACGAUAUUCCUGAUGUUAGUCGGUGCAUUCGUCGCCGCCUUUCAUAUCGACAACUGGACCAGCUUCUUGUACAAUCUCAUUCCGAUCGGCGUGUUCGUUGCAGUUUGCUUUACCUGCAAGGAGCGCAUACAGUUAUUGGUGGCCGAGAUCAUCAGUCUUAUUUACGGGCUGGUGAUGAUAAUUGUUCUGGUGGGAAUCAUGCUGCAAAUAGCGGAAGAUGGAUGGCUCGCACCCAGCAGUCUUCUCUUCUUCAUCGUCGCGAUACAAUUGAUCAUAGCUGGCCUGUUACACCCCCAGGAGUGGAUGUGUCUGUUGUGCGGCGUUAUUUAUUACAUCACUGUGCCGUCCAUGUACAUGCUGCUGAUCGUCUUCUCUAUUUUCAACGUGCACAACGUCACGUGGGGCACGCGAGAGAAGAAGAAAGCUAUCCCUGAAGAAGAACAGAGAUUAACGAAGACCGGCGAUUCGGGAAAUGUGACGGAGAAAUGGAGCAAGCAGAAGGACAGUUCGGUGGACUUUUCCUUGGGAAAUCUCUUCAGAUGUGUCUGCUGCAUUAAUACGGGGAUCAGUCACGAAGAGAGGCGACUGAAUGAGAUUAAUGACUCUUUGCAGCGAAUAGACAAGCGUCUGAAUUUACUGAACAGAUUAGCGCACAUGGAGACCAGGGGCAUUGUACAAUCGUCUCCCCAACCUAAUAAAUACACAAGAUCGUAUUCGCCGAUAGAAGAAGAAUUGCAACAGGACAUCGAGUUACAGAACAUGCGAGAUGACAAGAGUGAGAAUGGGGAUGUUGACGAAGAUAGCGACGUUUUGACGCAGAUGUCACUGACCUCGAGCCAUGAGCCUUCCAGCUUCCUCGUCAGUCCUUACUGGCUCCAAGACGAGAGAAUGCGAAAGGGUGAGGUGGAUUUUCUGACGAACCAUGAGGAGAGAUUCUGGAAGGAGUUGAUCGAGAAAUACUUGCGACCUAUCGAGACCGACGAAGAGAGCCAAAAUAAGAUAGCACAGGAAUUGACGAACUGUCGGAACGCGUAUCUGCUGAGGUUCUUCAUGAUGAACGCCUUAUUCGUUCUAAUUGUGUUCCUUAUGCAACUGAAUAAGAACGUACUGCAUUUGCAAUGGCCAUUGAGCAUGAAGUACAAUGUUACAUAUGAUGUCCAAGGACCUGAGGUGCAUUUGAGGAAGCAAUAUUUAAGGCUCGAGCCGAUUGGUUGCCUAUUUAUUAUCGGAUUUGUCAGCAUAUUAGGCAUCCAGUUUAUCUCUAUGCUGAUUCAUCGAUUUGACACGUUUACCCAUGUGCUUGCUAACAUGAAGAUCCAACUUCCUUGCUGUACUAGAAUGACCUCUUUGGACGACACCGUCGAUAUGGAUGCCAAUGUUAUAGUGCAGGGACUUCAACGUAUGGCGGAGGAUGAAAUAACCGAUGAGUACAAGCGAACUACCACUGCUGCUUCCAAUAGGAGAAGGACUGUACAUGGAUUAACAGAGAAUCUACAGUCGCCAUUGAGGAAAAUCGGGAAUUUCGAAAAACUGUUCCGACGGAAGCUCCAUAAUCCAAAUCUGUCAGGUUUAUCGGAGCGUGUUUCCUCACGAAUGUCAAAGGGUGCAUUCAGCGCUUUCGAGCGAAGACGAUCGACGAUCGUAGCAAAAAGGAGGGAAACGCAGACUCAAAAAUCGUGUGAUAUUUAUGAUAAUAAUUCAAGGAGACCGUCGGACGUUCAGCUGCCUACACAAUUGAAUGGCAAUCAGUUUCAGUAUGAUAAUCCGGUAUUCGGGCAGGAAGAGAAUGCAUGAUGAUUUCUAAUUAUAUUGAGGUAUUAAGAAAAAAAAAGACGAUAUUUGUAAUACUUUAUUUUUUUAAUCUUAAACUUACAUCGGUAUCAGUGCAUAAAUCAGAUAAAAUGUAAACAACAAUUUGCUAAGAUCUCUGUACACAGCUAGCACAUCCUCUUCAUGUUAAAACUGUCACUGAGAAGAAUAAUUCCAAUAUAAUUAUCAUCUGGUGUUUUGUUUUUCGAUACAAUUGUUUCCACAAAACAUCGUGUUUGCGUUUUUAUUCGCAAAUCGACAAAAAUCUUUGAAAGUGAGUUGUUUUCGUUUGUCAAGCAAAGAUUUAGACAAUUAAAAAAUUUCAAAUUUAAUAAC